GCAAACUGGUUGCUCUGGGCCCAUUAAAAAAUAGUUCAAAUUGGAGGGUCUUUUUGUUAUUGCAAUGGGCUCAAUAGAACUCCCCUUGGCCUUCUCUCACUCUCCAGUCUCCACAGUUCGUAGUUGUUUCUUCCAGUCUAUAAGCUACCUUUGCCCUUCUGUAUAUAUCAAAACACAAACAGAAAUAAAAAUCUUUUCUUCUGCUACUUCUUCUGUGGCGCAAAAAGAAUUCAAACCGGACGGGCUCCUCCAAUUCUAGCUAUGGUUCCAUUCGCACCCUCCAUAUCUAAAGACGCUGUCUCAGUCUCGCAGUCUCUCUCUCUCUGAAAAUGGCGGUGGCAGAGAGACCGACUGUCCGAGUCUCGAACAUUCCCCAAACAGUGACAGCCAAAGAGCUCCUAAGCUUCCUCGAGUCAAAACUCGAAUCUGACUCGGUCUUCGCCGUCGAAAUCAUCAGCGAUCACAAGAACUGGAAGUCACGAGGCUUCGGUCGCGUCCAGUUCACGACCCUUGAGGCCAAAUCAGAAGCAUACUCUCUUUCCCUUCAGAACGGCCUCGUCUUCAAGUCCGAAAGCCUCAGACUUUCCGAGACGUACGACGACAUCAUCCAACGGCCGGUGGACCCAAAACGCCGACUGAACGGCACCGUUUUGCAUGCGGGUUUUAUGGUAAAGGACGACUGCAUGAGCAUGUUGGAGUCUUGGCAGGGCGUGAGAGCUUGGGUCAUGCCCGAGAGGAAGCGGGUCGAGUUCUGGGUCUGGCAGAGAGACGAGUGUUAUAAACUGGAGAUUGCAUUUGAGAAUAUUAUGGAGUCAUUCGGGUGCGGUUUGGGUGGAGAGAAAGUGAAUGCCCUUCUCUUGAAGCUCAAGUUUGGUCCGAGGAUCUUUCGUAAAAUUUCUGGACCUAAUGUAGCUGCCAGAUUUAGCACUGAUCGGUAUCACGUAUGCAAGGAUGAUUUUGAUUUCCUCUGGGUACGAACUACCGAUUUUUCGGAUAUGAAAUCUAUCGGGUAUUCAACUUCAUUCUGUUGGGAGAUUGAGGAGGAGUUUUCUGUCUCAGAUGUAUUUGAAUGCUUCCCAUACUAUAAAGAUAAUGAUGUGGUGGAUCUCAUUUUAGAUAAUGGUGAAAAAUACUGUUCGCCAUCUGAGACAGUUCCACUUGUGAAGUGCAGAUCAGAUUCAAAGUUACCAUAUGAGAUCCUUUUCCAGCUCAAUGCACUUGUUCAUUCCCAAAAGAUUAGUCUUGCAGCAGCAGACUCUGAUCUGAUUGAGUUCCUUAGUGGUUUAAGCGUCGACACUACUAAUGUGCUUCUUGAGAAGCUGCACAAGCGCAAGACCACUUGUUCUGACCCUCUAUCAUUCUUAAAGAUGCAAUUACAUGUCUUAGAAAGAAACCAUAAGAGUCGUCCCUCACCCUAUAAAAGAUUAAUGGAACAUAAUGUAAUGAGUUGUCAUAGAGUCUUAAUUACCCCAUCAAAGAUUUGUUGCUUAGGUCCUGAGCUUGAAAAAUCAAACUAUGUUGUAAAGAAUUUUGCAGCCUAUGCUUCGGAUUUUAUGAGAGUAACAUUUGUUGAUGAAGAUUGGAGUAAGCUUCCUGCAAAUGCUAUAUCCACAAGUAUUCAGCAAGGUAUUUUUGCAAAACCCCAUAGAACUGGAAUAUAUCAUCGGAUGUUGUCUAUUCUUCGAGAUGGGAUUGUUAUAGGAGAAAAAAGAUUUGAGUUUCUGGCUUUCUCGGCUAGUCAACUUCGAUCAAGUUCUGUUUGGAUGUUUUCUUCUAAUGACAAUGUAAAAGCAGAAGAUAUUAGAGAAUGGAUGGGCUGCUUCAGCAAGAUCCGCAGUAUAUCUAAAUGUGCAGCUAGGAUGGGUCAACUGUUCAGUUCUUCUACACAAACUCUUGUUGUUCCUGCACAAGAUGUAGAGAUUAUUCCUGAUGUUGAGACUUCUUCGGAUGGUGUAACUUACUGCUUCUCAGAUGGUAUUGGAAAGAUUUCUCUAUCUUUUGCCAGGAAAGUUGCUCAGAAGUGUGGUUUGGAUCAAACUCCUUCAGCAUUUCAGAUUCGAUAUGGUGGAUAUAAAGGGGUGAUAGCUGUUGACUGUAGGUCCUUUCGGAAGCUAUCUUUGCGUAGCAGUAUGCUCAAAUUUGAAUCAAAAAAUAGAAUGCUUAAUGUCACCAAAUGGAGUGAUGCCAUGCCCUGCUAUCUGAAUCGAGAGAUUAUUUCCCUCUUGUCUACCUUAGGGGUAAAGGAUGAAACAUUUGAGGCAUUGCAAGAGGAACAAUUGCGUCUUCUAGGGAAAAUGCGGACAGAAAGAGGUGCGGCAUUGAAUGUCUUAGAGAGAUUGAAUGGGGCUGAUUCCAAAAAUACUCUUGUAAAGAUGUUACUUCAUGGUUAUGAGCCAAAUGUGGAACCUUACCUCUCAAUGAUGCUUCAAGCAUAUUAUGAGAACCACUUGUCUGAUUUAAAAAGUAGAUGCCGAAUAUUUGUCCCAAAAGGCCGGGUCCUGGUUGGGUGCUUGGAUGAAACUGGAAAUCUAAAUUAUGGUCAAGUUUAUGUUCGAAUAACCAUGACAAAAGCAGAGCAAGAAAUGGGGGAUCAGAGUUUCUUCCAGAAGGUGGAUGAGACAACAUGUAUAGUAACAGGGAAGGUGGUUGUCACAAAAAAUCCUUGUCUUCACCCAGGAGACGUCAGGGUACUUGACGCUGUCUAUGAUGUGGUACUCGAGGAGAAGAAUAUGGUGGAUUGCCUUAUAUUUCCCCAAAAAGGAGAAAGGCCUCAUCCAAAUGAAUGCUCUGGGGGUGAUCUUGAUGGGGACUUGUUUUUCAUAAGUUGGGAUAAAGAUCUAGUCCCUUCUUACACUGUACCUCCCAUGGACUACUCUGCACGGAGACCUCGUAUAAUGGAUCACACUGUGACCUUAGAGGAAAUUCAAAAGUUUUUUGUUGAUUACAUGAUAAAUGAUAAUUUGGGUGCCAUCUCUACUGCACAUCUAGUUCACGCUGACCGUGAACCAGACAAAGCUUUGAAUCCAAAAUGCGUGCAGUUGGCAGACCUGCACUCCAUGGCCGUCGACUUUGCAAAAACUGGUGCACCGGCCGAAAUGUCCCGGACCUUAAAACCUAAAGAAUUUCCAGAUUUCAUGGAACGGGUGGACAAACCCAUGUACAUCUCAAAUGGGGCACUAGGAAAACUCUACCGUGCAGUCGUUGGCUCAGUGUUGCAAGAAAAAACAAACUUGGUUUGGUCAGAGCAGAUUGCUGAAGCAGCUUACGAUCAAGACCUUGAAGUGGAUGGCCUCGAGUCGGUUCUUGAAGUUGCAAAAGGUCAUAGAGACAUGUACAUAGAGAAGAUGAGGACGAUAAUGAACUAUUAUGGGGCAGUGACCGAGGAUGAAAUACUGACAGGUAAUCUACGAAAUCGUGCAGCAUAUCUGCAACGCGAUAACAGGAGAUAUGGAGAUAUGAAGGAUCGGAUAUCGCUGUCACUCAAGAACCUACAAAAAGAAGCAAAAGGAUUGUUUGAAAGCAGCUGCCCAGUUGGUGAGCAUCAGAGAAUGGCCUCAGCAUGGUAUCAUGUCACUUAUCAUCCAUCAUAUUUCCAACAAGACAUGAACUGCUUGAGCUUUCCAUGGAUUGUAGGUGAUAUUUUACUCAACAUAAAAGCUGUGAAUAAUCCAAGAAAGGACAUAUAGACGCAUAGAGCAGAGCACCAUGUAAAACAGGUUUUUCUGUGGUUAUAGGUGCGCGCCAUGUAGCGGCUUAUGUUGUAUGUGUAUGUGUUUAUACCAUUUUAGUCUAGUUUCUCUCAUCA